AUGGCAAAGGUGAACGCUACUGGCCAGCAGCCUUCCUCUCAACUCAUCAGCGAUUUCGUCCCUGAGGCGAUCGCAAAGUCAGGCCGUAUCAAGGUCAAGCCAACAAUGCAGAUCGACGUCGAUUCACUAUUACCGCACAUUUACGUGUGUGGCGAUGUUGCCGAGGCUGGCGUCACCAACCCCAAUGCCCGAGCUGCUAUGAAGCAGGCCAUCUACGCCGCGGACAACCUCGUUCUCGCUCUUCAGUCAAAGACGCCUUCCAACAUUUAUGAGCACUACUGGGCUGAUGGAGUCAUCAAGUUGACGCUGGGUCUUUUAAGUCUUCGCAUGAGCACUUUCCGCACCUUUCCAGCAUCCGUACCUAACGCAUUACAGCACAAAUCCAUCACUGCUUUCGGUAUCGGGGACACAGAACUGCUCUUCCGCGGGAAAGAGAAGGAGAUCACGCUCAUGAUUGAGCGUGCUUGGACAAAUAUGGGAGCGAAGCCUUACGAAGAUAAGGAGUAUGAAUCGAGAAGAGCACAAAGCAGCGUCGCCGACAAGGCUCUCGAGGUGGCCAACGAAACCGUGUAA